AUGGCCCAGCAAAGUGAUUCGCGGCCCUCGGAUCCAGAUCCCAAGACGGGCGGAGACGCCAUGGCAAACUUGACUGGUGCCGUCGCGGACAAGGACGCUGGCGCUGAUGGCGCCGUGCCAUAUGGGACACGCUCCCGCAACAGAAACGGCAACGCACGCAUUAAUUAUGCCGAAGACAAGGACAUUGAAAUGGACAAUUAUGACUAUUACGACAAGAUGCAGGGCGAAGCGCCCAAAAAGCCGUCGCGCCUGGUAACCAUGACCACCACCACCGCCAACGGAGGUGAGACGUCAGGGCGCGUUGCGGCUGGGGGUCGCAAGCCUCUGACGGGCAGCGCACCAGGCAGCGACGACUCCAAGAUGACGGCAUCGCAUGCUCAUACCGCUGCCACCAGUAACGGGCAAUCAUCUGCCGGCGCAACAGCAGCGUCGUCGGCUGCGGCGUCGCGCAAGCGCAAGGCAGUCAAUGGUUCUGCAGCGCAAGUGGUGGCGACGGCGGCGGCGACGGCGACGACAACGACAACAGGUGGGCAGUCGGCGCGACGUGUAGCCAGUGCAAACGCGGCACAAAGCGCGGCGACAUCCAUUUGGCCAGAAACAAAUAUGCUUAGUUUUGAGGACUGCGAGUCGCGCCCUCAGAAUGGGCGCCUGGUGGCCGACGACGGCACGGUACUGGAAGCAAAUGAUUAUGUCUACCUGGUGUGUGAGCCGCCCGGCGAGCCAUACUAUCUAGGUCGCAUCAUGGAAUUCCUGCACGCGCAGAACGACCCGGCGCGGCCGGUGGAUGCUGUGCGCAUCAACUGGUUCUACCGACCCAAGGAUAUUGGGCGCAAGGUGUCGGACGCGCGGUUGGUCAUUGCCACGAUGCAUUCCGACAUUAGCCCGCUGGCAGCACUACGCGGAAAAUGUCAGAUCCGCCACCGCGUCGAAAUUGACGACUUUGAAGAAUAUCGCAAGUCGCCCGACUGCUUCUGGUACGAGAAGCUCUAUGACCGCUACAUCCAAAAGCACUACGAUCUCAUCCCCACGACGCACAUUAUCAAUGUGCCUGACAAGGUGAAGCAGGUGCUGGAUGAGCGGUGGAAAUUUGUCUUGGUUGAGCAGGGGCGAGGCAAGGAGCUGACUAGCGCCGUCAAAUCGUGCAAACGAUGCAGCGGAUAUUGUGCAAGUCGUGCCCAAGAACGCAAGCUAGAAAACCGCCACACCGUCCCCGACGGCGAAGACGACGAAGACCCUCUCGACGAGGAUGAAGAGGACGCCCAUGACCCCAACACAACCCGAACUACCCCGAUCGACGACGAAAAAGUCCACCAUAAAGGCACCGCAGAGCAAAUAUACCAUGCUAGUCUUUGGCCCUACCGCUACCUCGGUCUCCAUUGCAAGCCCGAAGACGCCCUUGACCUCGACGACCGCAUAUACCCUCGUGCCAGCACCCGCCUCGGCGCCAGAAAUCAGGCCACAGUCCUUCCCUGGCCAGGUCGCCCUGUCGAAUAUGUCAAACCUUUUGAGAUUAAGCGCGGCAAGGGCGGCACAAAGAACAAGGAUAUCCAAGAGGAAAAGGCCAUGCGUGGAAAACGACCGUUGUGGGUUCAGGACGAACCACCUGGCUACACCACUCGAGGUGAGGAUCACGACGCUGAUGAUCCCAACUGCACAGCCACUCCGCUCUGGAUUCCUCCCCCCGAAAACGACGAGACAUCCACCAAGCAUGUCAUUGCCUACAUGGACAAGGCUAGAGAGACGGCCAAGAGCCACGGCCUGCCCAAGCAAUGUACCAACCUGCAGGACGUCGCUAUAGCGGACCUCUAUCGUCAAAAUUAUAAUCCCGACAAGGCUCUCGCCAUGCUUGCCAAGACACCCAUGCCUGACUUCAAGGAACCCCGCCUUACCGCCGCCGAAGAAAAGCGCUGGGAGGAAGCUAUUUCCAAGUAUGGAUCCGAGCUAUUUCUCGUCAAGAAGCAUGUCAAGACCAUGAGCCCGGGUCAGGUUGUCCGUCGCUACUACUCGUGGAAAAAGUCGGAUCGCGGCAAGCAAAUCUGGGGCAGUUACUCGGGGCGCAAGGGAAAGAAGCAGGGAAGGAGAGCCGAAGCCCCUGUCAAUAAAAUUGCCGACGAGGUCGCCGACAACGAGGACGAUUCAGCUUUCGAUACUGCCAAGGCCACGGAAAAGAAAAGAACCUUUGUCUGUCUAUUUUGCGUCGCGACCAACUCACGUCAAUGGCGCAGAGCUCCUGGUUCCAUGCAGGGUCUGCUUGGUGGCGAUAUCAAGCCAACACCCAAAGACAAAAACAACCUGCCGCUCGUGGCUCUUUGUCGACGAUGCGCCGAACUCUGGCGUCGUUAUGCUAUCCGAUGGGAGGACAUUGACGAGGUGACCAAGAAGGUCACCCAAAAUGGCAAGACUUACAAGCGCAAGCAGGACGAAGAGCUUCUUAAAGAGCUCCAGGCUGCCCAGGAGCAUGGCCUUAUGACGCCUGACCGUGAUUCAACCCCUCUAAGUGGCACCACCAGCGCCAAUGGCGUUGAGCCUCCCAGAAAGCGUCUCAAGGUCCCCAUCGACAGAGACUUCGACCCUGCCACUUCCGAUGGUGGUAGCGUUUCUGGUGCCGGCUUGACCAAGAAAAAGGACAAGGACACGAUCAAUGAAGCCACCCCCAAGAUGGAGCUACCCCAAGCCAGAAAAUUGCCCUGUGCCAUAUGCAGUGCAAUGGAGCCUCUUGGCGACCAGCAUGUCUCUUGUCGCGAGUGUCGUCUCACUGUUCACCGCAACUGCUAUGGUAUCGUGGAUAACCGAACCCAAGGCAAAUGGCUUUGCGACAUGUGCACCAACGACAAGAACCCGCAAGUCUCGAUUAGCUACAAAUGUGUCUUGUGUCCCGUUGAGCAUACCGAGCAUGAGUUUGUUGAGCAGCCCAAACUUACGCAUCACAAGAAGAAAAUGUCGCCUCAAGACCGUGAGCGUGAGAGGCUAGACGUCCAACAAGCUCGCAAGGCGGUUGAGCACUACCGAAAGCAUCAAGAAGAGCUGAAUCGUCCUGCAAACCCCCGAGAGCCACUGAAACGAACGGCAGACAACAAUUGGGUCCACGUGACCUGCGCUGUCUGGACUCCGGAGGUCAAGUUUGGCAAUUCCAAGGCAAUGGAGCCAUCCGAAGGCAUCCCAUCUAUACCCAAGCUGCGAUACGACGAGGUUUGCCAUGCCUGCAAUCAAGCAGGCAAUGGAGCCUGCAUACCUUGUCAUCACUGCCGCACAACGUUUCACGUCGAGUGUGCUCGACAAGCUGGCCACCUCCUCGCUUUCGACAUGACCCCGAUCAAGAGCUCUCGACGCGACCAGCAUAACAUUGUGACGAUUCAUGGCGAAAGUGGUACCAUGUCAGCCUUGCUGUGGUGCAAGGAUCAUAUUCCCAGCAAGAUCAUUACCCACAGGAUGCAUGACAUUGUCGGCGACAACGGCCUUACUGCACUACAGCUUUACGUGCACAAUUUCAAGCAGGCCGAUUUGACGCUUACGGGAACUGUGCGCAAGGCCAACCUGUUGACUAUGGCAGCCAAGGCGGGCGGGGCUGCAUUCCCUGCAACGCACAGAGCGUCCUCUACGACAGCUGCCAAUGGCGCUCCCCUAGUUGCCGGGUUGGCCAACGGCGAACAUGGCAACCCGGCCACGAAUGCUGCUGAGCCGGGCGAAAAGGUCUGCAUCAGCUGUGGCGUCGAUGUCACUCUCCGAUGGUGGCCCAUUGAUACAAAUCAGGAAAGGCAGCUCGCUAAUGGUCAUUAUGGAGCCAUUGGAUCCGAGGCGCAAAAGUUUGUCGAGCAGAGAAAGUUUCAGUGCCACAAGUGCAAGAAGCUUGCCAAGUCUCCCCGCCCACAUCACACGCCUGCAACACUAUCCACGCCAGCACCACUAUCCACGCCAGAUUCGCGACCAUCUUUUCCGACGCAGGCGCCUUCGUCGAUGCCUUCGCUGCGUAGCCCGCCUCCGCCCCCCCCGCCACUGGUUCCCGAGUAUCGCGAUCAUCGUACUGUGAGCCAAUGGCCACGACCUCCAUCCAGUCAUCACAAUGGGCCUCCCCCAACUUUGCCGCAUCCGAUCCAUGCGCCAAUCAUUUCGCAGUCGCAUGUUACAGGUGCCCGGCCAUCGCAUCCGCCGUCGCACGCGUUUUCUACGCCUCCAUCCUCACGAUACGAAUGGUUUCCGAACCCAAUCCAACACACAUCGACGAAUCGAUCGCCGCCGACAAGUCAUUUGAAUGGUUCUCCCGUCAACGUGCCGCCGCCACCCAUCUCGGCUCUUAGACCGCCGCCAACAUCUGGACCACCGCCGCCACUUGGCAUGGGACAUCGGCACUCGCCUUCGCCCAUGUACUCGAACAGCUUACCGAUCUCGCCCCAUAGCUUACGAGGACCACCGCCUCCACCCCCACCUCCGCCUUCAGCCUAUGUACCAUCUUAUCGCGGGCUUGUAGGCCAUCCGUCCCCGCACGGCCUGAAUGGUGGCCCGCCUCUGCCACCGCCGCGGGACUCUUUUGCUCACGGGCUUCACCCGCAGCGAUCCCAGUAUCGCUCCUCAGUACAUGUGAGCCCUUCUGGGCCCCCUUCCGGCCCUAAUGGAAUGCCACCGCAUCCUCCCCGGGAUCACAUGUCAGCACGGUCUGACCCGCGACCAGACGGUGCCAGCGCAAGCCCAGCACUCCGAAACUUGUUGUCUUAG